GUGACUCAAGAUGCCUAAUGUCAAUCCAUCUUUUAUCAUUCUUUAACCAAGACAGCACAGCAGAAGACAUCUCUGAGGGUAUUACCGAAGAAAAAAUCUCCUGGGGAGUUUGAGAGUGGCAGGGAAAAAACAAUCCUUCUCUGAAGCCUUGUUUCAGGCACAUCUUAGUGUUUCUCUAGGUAACGUAACGAAGGACGCUAGCAUAAUUAGAUCAUUAAUCAUUGUAGUUUUUGUAGAUAAAUGCGAACUCCAUACAUAAAAGAAUGAUUUGAAUCACAAUGAAUGACAAUGGGAGUUGAGCCAUCUGUAAAUGCUUUAGAAAUAUUUGUUAACGAGUGUCAUUGGACUACUUCGUGUUUUAAAUUUUCGAUAACCAUUGAAGAAGACAACUCUCAAAUGUCAACGACAAGGAAAUGUCAAAAGACUUUUUUAGAAAUUUGUGUCAAUUUCCUUUGGAAUCAGGAUCAUGGGUGAACAUUGUAGUGCAUAUACAUAUAUAGUGAUGUAAUUUGUGGUCCGGUGAGAGUGUAGCUUGCUGAAUGUUGAGCCACAGAGAAUAAGAUCAGGGGCGCCGGAAAUAUUAUUUUGGAAUGCACUCCAAUGUUUAAAUCAGUCAAAAUUUCUGAGAAGGAAAGAUAGCAGGGGGCGCCAGAGCUUUCCUUCUCGGCACAAGAGACUGUAGACAACAGUGUUCGGUUUACAUCCUUUUUCCAUUAUUUCAGUUCAUAGUUUAUUGCAUCCUCAGACUUACCAACCUUGAACAGCUUAUUAAACAUAUUCACUCCAUGCCCUCUUUCCUCCGGUGUUAGUUUAAUUUAACUAAACAAGCAGCUUAAAGCUGAGAGACCAGAGACGAUGUAGAUAGGAGAUGGCUAGGCUAGGAGGUUUUUGUUUGGUUUGACAGCAGUCAGCCUGCAUAAUACUAGUUACUAGUUAGCACUGACGCAACUUAACUUAACGCAACUGUUUUGGCCAACCACCCUAGGGGUGGGUGCAUGAGGAACAGAAUAUAUAUAUAUAUAUAUAUAUAUAUUUGGAUAGAUGAAGAUUAAUAGCAGCAGCAGCUUCCUUUGAUGCAGAAAUCUUCUCUAUAUUAUCUUCUUCUUCCUCUCCACAACUCGGACAAAGAUUAUCUUCAAGCAAAAGAGGCUCUCUGUCUUCUUUUGUCCUUUAGGCCAGACCCACCAAAGACAAAAGAGCCAAAAGUUCUUGUAUUCUGUUGUGCCCCUAGGUUUGGUCAUUGGUCCUUGGAUUAGAAAUCCAAAGUGGCCCCACACACUCCCCGCCGCCUUUUCAACAAGUACAUAAAUCCUGUCUGCCAAAAACAACUACGUUAAUAACCACCAAAUGUCCUCUCACAGUCACAGCCUUUCCCUCUCUUUAUCUGCUACUGCUCCUCCAAAUCCAAUCCCUUCCCUCCAAACCGACCAAACCCACCAACCCAUUCCUUCUAAAACCCGCUCUAACUCUCGUGUCUCAUGGACCGAAUCUCUCAGAUCCAGUACCCGAUCCAACCAAUUCCACCAAGCCAUUUUAACCUAUGUCAAUAUGACUUCUUCCGGUAUCCCACCCGAUCACUUCGCUUUCCCCGCUGUCCUCAAGGCUGCCACGUCUCUUCGCGACUUGGCCUUGGGACAGCAGAUUCAUGCUCACGUUCUCAAAUUUGGCUAUGGAACCUCCCCCGUCACUGUGGCCAAUACCCUGGUCAAUGCUUACGGCAAAUGUGGGGACAUUUGGGAUGUGUACAAGGUGUUUGACAGAAUUCCCCAGUCCCAGAGAGAUACCGUUUCUUGGAACUCCUUCAUUUCCGCAUUGUGUCGGUUUGAGGACUGGGAGACUGCAUUAGAGGCCUUUAGGUUUAUGCUGCUGGAUAAUCUGGAGCCUAGCUCAUUUACGUUGGUCAGCGUUGCGCAUGCUUGUUCAAAUUUGCCUAGGCGUGAUGGCUUACGCCUUGGAAAGCAGCUUCAUGGAUACAGCUUGAGAAUGGGCGAUAUCAAGACCUUUACUAAUAAUGCAUUGAUGGCUAUGUAUUCCAAACUAGGACAUCUCGACGAUGCUAUGGUGUUAUUUGAGUUGUUUGAGCAGCGUGAUUUAAUUUCAUGGAACACCAUGUUGAGCUCCUUAUCCCAAAAUGAUAUGCUUUUUGAAGCAUUACUGUUAUUGCACCGCAUGGUUCUUGAAGGUCUCAAGCCUGAUGGUGUCACAAUCGCAAGUGUGCUGCCCGCGUGCUCACACUUGGAACUGUUGGAAAUUGGGAAACAACUUCAUGCGUAUGCCUUGAGACAUGAUAUUUUGAUUGAAAAUUCUUUUGUUGCUAGUGCUUUGGUUGACAUGUAUUGCAAUUGUAGAAGGGUUCAAAGUGGUCGUCGAGUUUUUGAUUGUGUCAUAGAUAGGAAAACUGCUCUUUGGAAUGCUAUGAUCACCGGAUAUGCACAAAAUGAGCAUGAUGAGGACGCUUUGAUACUCUUCAUUGAAAUGGAAGCGGUUGCUGGGCUCUGCCCCAAUGCCACCACAAUGGCCAGCAUUGUGCCUGCAUGUGCGCAGAGUGAAGCAUUUGCUAAUAAACUAGGAAUUCAUGGACAUGUGGUGAAGAGAGGUUUGGGGACUGACCACUAUGUGCAAAAUGCACUUAUGGAUAUGUACUCUAGAAUGGGGAAGAUACAAAUUUCAAAAUCUAUAUUUGACAACAUGGAAGUUAGAGAUGUCGUGUCUUGGAAUACAAUGAUAACUGGUUAUGUUAUUUGUGGGCAUCAUGAUAAUGCACUUCUUCUGCUACAUGAGAUGCAAAGUGUUGAAAAAGAGAAGAAUGAUCAGGACUAUUAUGAGGAUGAGAAAAGCAUUCCUCUUAAACCUAAUUCUAUAACCCUUAUGACAGUUCUUCCUGGUUGUGCCACCUUGGCUGCAUUGGCAAAGGGAAAAGAGAUCCAUGCAUAUGCCUUAAGAAACAUGUUGGCAUCAGAUGUUGGUGUUGGAAGUGCAUUGGUAGACAUGUAUGCAAAAUGUGGCUGCUUGAACCUAUCUAGAAAAGUGUUUGAUAUUAUACCCAUCCGAAAUGUAAUUACCUGGAAUGUCAUUAUUAUGGCUUAUGGGAUGCAUGGCAAGGGAGAAGAAGCCUUGGAGUUGUUCAACUGUAUGGUGGCAGAAGUAUCUAAGGUUAAGGAAGUCAAGCCUAAUGAAGUUACUUUCAUUGCUAUAUUUGCAGCGUGUAGCCACUCAGGGAUGGUAAGUGAAGGCCUAACCUUGUUUUAUAGGAUGAAGGAUGAGUAUGGGAUCAAACCUACACCAGAUCACUAUGCAUGCAUUGUGGAUUUGCUUGGUCGAGCCGGUCAAGUCAAGGAAGCAUAUCAAUUGAUCAAUUCCAUGCCCUCUGAAUUGGACAAGACUGGGGCUUGGAGUAGUUUGCUUGGUUCUUGUCGAAUCCACCAAAAAGUUGAAAUUGGGGAAAUUGCAGCUAGGAAUCUCUUCCACCUAGAACCUGAUAUGGCAAGCCACUAUGUUUUACUCUCCAACAUAUACUCAUCAGCUCAACUAUGGGACAAGGCAAUGGAUGUUCGGAAGAAGAUGAAAGAAAUGGGGGUAAGAAAAGAACCAGGGUGUAGCUGGAUUGAGUUCGGUGAUGAGGUUCACAAGUUUGUAGCUGGUGAUGCUUCACACCCACAAAGUGGACAACUACAUAGAUUCCUUGAAACCCUCUCAGAAAAGAUGAGAAAGGAAGGCUAUGUGCCUGAUACUUCUUGUGUACUUCAUAAUGUUGAUGAGGAGGAGAAAGAAACUUUGCUUUGUGGGCAUAGUGAGAAACUGGCAAUAGCUUUUGGUAUUCUCAAUAGCCCUCCUGGUAGCACAAUUAGAGUUGCAAAGAACCUUAGAGUUUGUAAUGAUUGCCAUGAGGCUACUAAGUACAUCUCAAGGAUAACAGAUAGGGAAAUUAUCCUAAGAGAUGUGAGGAGGUUCCAUCAUUUCCGUAAUGGAAGAUGUUCCUGUGGGGAUUAUUGGUGAAAAUGUUCCCAAAAUCACUUUGCUCUCGAGGAAUAUUUGUUGAAGUUGUACACUAUCUAGAAAAAUACUUUUUAACCAUAUUUUCUCCAUUCUAUCAUUUUUUAUAUGACUGCACAGUAGCAUGUAUCACUUCAACAUAUUAAGGCUCUCAGAUUGUACAUUUUGAAAAAAAAUGGUUUAAGGAAUAAGAGGAGAGAACUCUUUCAACUGUCAAUGUCUUUUUCAGGCACAAAAUAAAAAGGAAAACUGCCAAUGCCUUUUAAUUAAGAAUCCACGUCUGUAUUUUUUUUCUCUUCAGGCUACUUGGAGGCUUUUACUGGCAGCUCUUCCAAUCACAACUAAUAGCAGAGCGAUUUACAAUUGAUCAAACGCAUUUUUUGUCUUUUGUGGUCUAAGAAAAAGAAUGUAUAAUCCUAAUUCAGACCAGAACUAACAUAAACUUUUAUUUUUUCAUUUUGGGUUUUGUGUUUGGUUUAGAUUUGAUAUAGAUAGUUGAUGAAAAUAUGUGUUUUGAAGAUGUCGAGAGGCGGAGGAGGAACUGAAACUGUUGCAACUUCGAAGUCCUGAUAUUUCUUAUUGAUGGUUGUGAUGAAAGCAUGAAACUGAGCACCUAGUUGUGUCUUGAGUUCGACUCUCGAUG